CGACCCACUAAUGCCUAAUGCCCCAAACCCCAAGUAGUGCCCUCCGGUUCCAACCUCCCCGCCUCCUCCUCCUCCCUCUCCCACCCUCUCCCAACCCUGCCCACCUCCCCCCUCUCCCUCUCCCGCCUAACGUCCACCCACCAUCUAACACUCUCCAGCCUCAUACGCGCUAAGGACUCCCUAACUCGGGUACGCGCUGGUUCGGCGAGGAGGGAAUGGGUGCGGAGCUCGACUGUUAGAGGGGCUAGGAGGGCAAAGGUUGGGCCUAGGAGGAAGAGAGUGCGCGCGAGGGGGCAGAGGGAGGUGUGACGGAGUGGUCGAGCAGCGAGAGCUAGUGUGAUCCCCAGUAAAGAGUAGAGCCAAACGGGUCUCGCGCUCUCCCUAAACAACACUUUCUCGUCUUCUGGGGUUAUACAGCCCGAAGCACGUUCUGCGUCGUAGAUAUGUUUGGGGAUGGGUUGGUGGAAUGGGCGGCCGGGUAUGGAAAGCAUGUCGACUACUUUAAGAUACCCAUACCGGGUCAAGAGGUAGUUGUCUAUACUCAUCCUAGCCUAAGCCCAAAGUCCUAAGUCCUAAGUCCUGAGUCCUGAGUGACUGUAAACAGAUGGAUAGUUGUUCGUUGUUCGU